GAACAUAUGCGACCUUUUGUUGAGAUCAAAAGUUCUCUGCAUGUGCUUGAGCGCAUAGCAUGCUCUGUCAAGUAUAAUGAGGCUGUGCUCUUGGUAGGGGAAACUGGCACUGGGAAGACAACUCUUGUUCAAAAUUUGGCACUAAGACUUGGUCAGAAGCUUACUGUUUUGAAUUUAAGUCAGCAAAGUGAUGUUGCAGACUUAAUAGGUGGAUAUAAACCUAUGAAUGCACAAUUUGUUUAUUUCCCCCUCCAUAAGGAGUUCAAGGACCUCUUCUCCAGAACUUUCUCUGUGAAGGAAAAUAUGAACUUUCUUACGCAGCUAGAAAAAUAUCUAACUGAGAAGAAAUGGAAAAUGCUACUAAAAGGAUUUCGUAGAGGAGUUGACAUUUUCCAUAAGUCAGUUGAGCUUGAAAAAGCUGGGUCUAGCAAGAAGCGUAAAAAGCCAUUGGAUGAAGAAAACAUCAAGGCUUGGGAAAGAUUUUCAAUUAAACUUGAAAGUGCUUGGUGUAAUGAUCCAUCUUCAGGGAUGAUGUUUUCUUUUGUAGAAGGAAGUUUUAUUACUGCACUUAGAAAUGGUGAGUGGAUAUUGCUUGACGAGGUGAAUCUAGCCCCUCCAGAGAUCUUACAGAGAAUUAUUGGGGUUCUGGAGGGGGAGAAUGGGGCCCUUUGUUUGGCUGAAAGAGGUGAUAUUGAUUAUAUACAAUGUCAUCCAAACUUCCGUAUGUUUGCUUGCAUGAACCCAGCAACAGAUGCUGGGAAGCGGGACCUACCCUUUUCUUUAAGGAGUAGGUUUACCGAGUAUUAUGUUGAUGAUGUGCUGGAUGAUGAUGAUUUAAGUCUAUUUAUUUAUCAGUUUAUUGGUGAUGGCCAUAAUGAUCGGGAGCUAGUAAAUAAAAUUGUCUGUUUCUAUAAAACAUCCAAAGAGGAAGCUGAAGAGAGGUUGCUGGAUGGUGCUAAUCAGAAAGCUCAAUACAGUUUAAGGUCCCUUUACCGUGCUCUUGAAUAUACAAGGAAAGCGGAGAGAAAAUUUGGGUUUCAUAAAUCAUUAUAUGAUGGCUUUUGUAUGUUUUUCCUCACACUAUUGGAUGGGCGUAGUGCUGAAAUAAUGGAAAGGAAAAUCUUGUCUCUUCUGUUAAACUCAAGUGAACCUCCACCACAUGUUCCUUUUGACCGAUAUUUAACCUCCACCAAAUCUGAUGCUUCCUUGGGGAGCUAUGUUCUGACCAAAAGUGUUAGGGAGCACCUUGGGAAUUUGGCUCGUGCUGUUCUGAUUAAGCGAUAUCCUGUGCUUCUACAGGGACCCACAUCUAGUGGGAAAACUAGCCUUGUUCGUUAUCUUGCUGCACUGACAGGUCAUGAGUUUGUGAGAAUUAAUAAUCAUGAGCACACUGAUUUGCAAGAGUAUCUAGGUUCUUACAUAACUGAUGCUAGUGGUAAGCUUGUUUUUACUGAAGGUGUAUUGGUUAAAGCGGUAAGAAAUGGUUACUGGAUUGUAUUAGAUGAGCUUAACUUGGCUCCAUCUGAUGUCCUGGAGGCAUUGAAUCGGUUGCUUGAUGAUAACAGGGAGCUUUUUGUUCCUGAACUGCAAGUUACAAUUAAAGCACAUCCAAACUUCAUGCUUUUUGCCACUCAAAAUCCACCUAUUCUUUAUGCUGGGCGUAAAAUGUUAUCUCGGGCAUUUCGCAAUCGCUUCAUAGAGAUUCAUGUUGGUGAAAUUCCUGAUGAUGAGUUGAGCGUAAUACUGGAGCAGAGAUGUGAAAUUCCUCAAAGUUAUGCUAGAAAAAUGGUUGAAGUGAUGAAGGAGCUUCGGCGGUGCAGGCAGGGUAGUAGAUUUUCUGAUGGGAAACAUAGUUUAUGA